GUAGCUUGUAAGUUUUCAUUUUUAUUUUACGGGUGCGUAUAAUGUGUGAUUAUUAGUACGUUGUUGUUGUUUACAAUUUCUCAUGUUUUUUUAUGCGUGUCAGUGCAUUACAAACUGACCCAGGAAUCUUUAGAUAUAAACCGACGCGUGGCUAGACAAAGUUCAUCAGAUAACGGAAAACAGGUUCUCACUGGAAGUGCUUAAAUAUAUUUAAAAAUUACAUGAAUAAAGGAUUACGAGAACAAAUUUUGUACCGACCCACAUAAAACACUAGUGACCUAAGAUGAACCCCAAGGCUGACUGUGAACAAUGACUGAACUCAUUUUUCAUAUAUUCUUUUCCAGCACUCGGCAUUGAGACGUUCUAGUUAGAUUACCUUCGAAAAUUGACUUAAUCUCACGAGAAAUCUGCCUGCAAGUGACACUAGAAAUCGCAGGUUACUUUAUUGCUAAAUGAAACUAUUUGUGGUGUUUAUUAAUAACGAAUGCAUUCUCCUUGGAAAGCUGAACUAAAGCAAAAUAGUGUGACAGGAAAAUAAUGCUGUAAUAAAUAAAGGAAUUUGGUGGACUUUUCAGGGCUUAGUGACAACAUAUCAUCCAGUGAAUAAUGAUGCAGAUUUGACUGGAAAAAGAAAAAAAGAAUGACACGCUUCUAAAACUAGAUAUAUAAGACAUAUUUUAGAUAUUAAUCAGUGCGAAAAAAAAAGGUUCUGUAUUCUGGCUCAGUUGAACACACAGUGAUUAAAACAGGAUUGUGUGAUGCUAUGGGCAAAUACCAACUGAUGAUGAGCAUGUGAAAGGUGGAAUACCGAGCUCUCGGCCCCAAAGGACGUGUCCCGAUCCUGUCCCAGGAGGUAAACAAGAGCCUCGACUCGGGCAUUUGCAUCUGGUUUGGGAGUGAAUUCAAUAGAACAUUCUUCUUGAGCCACAUAUACUUUUUACGUCCCUAGUCGUCAAAUUCCAGAGCCUGUAGUCGUCAAAUUCCACCGGGUUUGGGAACGAAUCCAAUAAGACCCUCUUCUUAAACCACAUAUACUUUCUACAAGAACAUCUGCUCGUCAAAUUCCACCUGGUUUGGGAACGAAUUCAAUAAAACCCUCUUCUCAAGACACAUCCACUUUUAACAAGUCUCUCUGCUCUUAAAUUCCACCUGGUUUGGGAAUGGAUUCAAUAAGACCCUCUUCUUAAACCACAUAUACUUUUUGGGGAAGAAUACAUUCAACCUCAUCCCACCAAAUAUGUUAAAAUGGUGAGCUUUGGUACGAGAGGUAAUGAAUUCACGUGGCUGGGAUAGACAGGCUUCAUAGGAGCCUCGUUCUUAAGUCUUUUGAAGAAGAAGAAGAAGAAGAAGAAGAAGAAGAAGAAGAAGAAGAAGAAGAAGAAGAAAAGCUUACCAGACGCGAUUGCAGUAUUCAUUCGCUAAUGGCAUACUUCAAACGAAAGAUUUUUACCCCCUGGUCGUCAGUAUCAGCGCCUCAUCACAAGACAAGGUUUCCUCAGCUGAGCCACAGAGAUUAAACGAACUGAGCGCCGGUACAGAACCGCAAGGAUGAGCGAGGAAUGAAGCAUUUGAGGACAACCCAGCGAUACCAGCACUUCGUCGAAUGCCUCCUCCUGAUGUUCACACCCACUGAGAGCGCCCCACUGAAGAAGCUGACCAUAGCAUGGCCAGCGCAGAUCCUUUACCCACGACUCUGCCGUUCCCGACAGCCAGGUGGCUUGGCAAUGAAUCCUUCAACUGGACGGAACCUCCUUUCAUCAAUGAGAUGUUAGACGUGACCAACGGCGAUGGGGCCCUCAGCAGCCCCAUCCCUGGCAAUCUCUCUGACGUCGUCAGGGCUGUCGAGAGCGAAGCCACCGCCGCCCGGGACGAGACGCUCGUCAUCUGGGAGAUCAUGACGCUAGUCGCCAUCUUCGUUCUGACGGUGCUGGGCAACGUGGUCGUCCUGUUCAUCCUCCUGGUGAGGAGGAAGAAGCUCACCCGGAUGUGCUACUUCAUCCUCAGCCUCUGCAUCUCUGACCUCAUCACCGCCUUCCUGAACGUGCUGCCGCAGCUCAUCUGGGAGGUCACCUACCGCUUCCACGGCGGCGGUUUCCUGUGCAAGGCUGUCAAGUUCGGCCAGCUCUUGGGACCUUAUCUUAACUCCUACCUAUUAGUUAUGACGGCUUUAGAUCGUUAUCAGGUUAUUUGUUAUCCAUUAUCCACUUGCUCUUGGACGCCCAAGAGUUCCAGAAAGAUGAUUUAUCUCGCGUGGGGGCUCGCUUUGGGCUCUUGCACCCCUCAGGUCUUCGUGUUUAGCUUCCAGGAGGUUGGCGAUGGAACCUGGGAUUGUUGGGCUUCCUUUAUACCGCCAUGGGGCCCUAGGGCAUAUGUGACAUGGUACGCAGUGUCUGUAUUUAUACUCCCUCUCAUUAUUCUCAUAUUCGCAUAUACGUGCAUUUGCAAGACCCUCUGGGUCAACUUUAAGCUCAAACAAAUGGACGAACACAAUGAGUGUUGCCAAGAGAGAAGAAGACCACAGCUCCUGGUGCACUUGAGACAGCAGAGAAGCUGCUUGACAACUAGGGGCAAUGUUUCGACGUGUCUCCACAAGCCUCAGGUGAGGGCCGGUGCCCUGCCACGGUCCAAUACCCACUCUGUUCUCCUGCCAAGCAUGAAGACGUCUCCGGAGUCUAGUCAGACCAGCAGUCAGGCGCCGAGAAUGGCCUGCAACCCGCAGACUAAUCCGAGGGUCCAUUCCAUCCGUAGUAUAAGUAGGGCGAAGAUUAAGACGGUGAAGCUGACGGUGACCAUCAUCUUGUGUUACAUCAGCUGCUCUGCACCGUUCAUUUCGGUGCAACUCUGGCAUGUCUGGGAUCCACACGCAGCUUCCUCGCCUUUCUACAAUGGUGCUGCCUUCACGAUACUAACGCUGUUGUCCUCGCUGAACAGCGUGGUGAACCCCUGGAUCUUCCUGGGCUUCAACGAGAACCUGUCGCAGAUCAUGAGGUCCCUCUGCAUCUGCCCGAAGCAGAACCGCUUCGGCCACCGCAGGAACAACACCUUCAGGAGCUCCAACAGCAACAAGAACAUCCGGCUGACGGUCUUCACCACGACCGAGGGCAACAACCAGCUCGUCCACUCCUCAAGGGACUCCUUCAGCAACAGGCACACUAUCACUUAAUUCAAGAGGGAGGAGCAGGAGGAGGAGAUGGUGAUUUGAUGAUGAUGAAAGUGAAGGUGACCCUGCUAUGUGGAUUUUGAUCCUUCAGGGGGACUUAAAAGAAUAUUCCUAGUUUCGUGCGAGGGAUAGAGUGACUUUAGAUGUGGUUGAGUGUCCUGAUUUGGUCAUUGCCUUAGGGUUAUUCUUACGUGGAAAGUUCGGGAUGUUUUGUGUGUGGGCUGGAAGCCUGGAAUUACUUUAGAAUAAUUAAAUGUCAGUGACUGGAACUUCAUCAUGAGUCUGGCAUUACUUGAAAAGUUGGACACGACUUGAAAGUAGAAGACAAACUUACAGUUUCCAAAGGAAUUACUUUAGAAUCAUUAAAUCUCUGUGACUGGAACUUCAUCAUGAGUCUGGCAUUACUUGCAAGGUUAGGCACGACUUGAAAAGCUGAAGAUUAACUCACAGUUUCCAAAGGAAUACUGAAAUUACUUAAGUAGUGAUCAUGUUCACAAGCUUCAUAUUACCUAGGAAAAAUAAAAGGGACCUAAUUAUAUAAGACAGCUCAAAUUAAUUCGGAAAGGUGUACGUGGCGCUAUAUGCGAACUUGGCCAUAGUACUGACUCUUACAUAAAAAUCUAAAUUUUACUUCCAUUUUGAAAGAAAGGUUCAAAUGACUUAAAAAUGAUUAAGUACCCUAAUCAGGACUCUAAUUUACGGCUCAUGUUUUCUAUACAAGAGGCGAUAAGGCAUGAUGACGGGAGCUUUGCCAAAUAUCCAACGCUGUUACAAAAAAAAAAAAAAAUAAAUGAUAAUAAUAAUAUAAAAGAGAUAAAAAGGAUUCUCAGGUGAUUUAUCUGUUAUUAAUGAGAAAAGGCACUGGCAAGGAUGUCCCCAGACGGUUCACAUUUAGAGAGAGAGAGAGAGAGAGAGAGAGAGAGAGAGAGAGAAUUGGAGAUUGCAAAUAGCACGUACAGAAUAAAAGAAUCAGUGAAAAUGUACCGGAGGGGUUUUGUUAAGCAUCUUUCGAUACAGUUUAAUUUCAGGGCAAAAUAAGUGAAUGAAAGAAAUCAAUGAAGAUCUUACAAGGUAAAAAAAAAUAAAUAAAAAAUAAGACAAAAACAAGCGUAAAUCUCUUCUCUCUCUCUCUCUCUCUCUCUCUCUCUCCGAAGAAAUCUUAAAUAGUAAAAGUGGAAAUCAAUUGCCUUCAAAGGCUGUCAUAACAUCGUUUGGCAAUUUCCCUUAUUGAAAUAAUAAUAAAAUAUUUCAUUGGCUGUUCAAUAUGACUCACAGAUUUACAAGAAUAAUUAACAAUCUCUAAAAGCACAUCAUGCCAAACCAAGUCAAACUGACAAACACUUAACCAGAUUUGAAUCAAUGCGUCUGUUCUACGAUGCCUAAGUUGAAAACCGAAAUAUCUUUGCCAGUGUUUUCCCUAAAUUCCAAUUAGUGACAUCAGCUACCUGGCAACGUUCUCACCUGUCAAAAACUGUCAAAAAAAAAAAAAAAAAAAAAAGCCUUUCGUCACAAGUGACCGAACAAUCUCUAUCGCGAUCAGCAGAGGUGUGAACGCACAGUUACGUCCAUUACAAAUAUAAACGAAUGAAAACAAUAUGAAAGAAAAAUAAAAUAAAAGAGGUCACUGGCAACUCUCCCAAAGCUACGUUCAACAAACUAUCCCGGCGCGUUCCUUCGCGAUACGCCAAAGACAGACUUCCAGUCACAAAGCAGUGAUUUCCAUGAAGAAGA